AUGACGACGCAACGAAUAUCUUUAUCACGAACCCUCCCUUCUCUCCUCCGACGCACUGUGUAUAUACCCAAUAGGAAAGGAUUGAUAGGGCUUGCCUGGAAAUGUCAUCGACCGUACAGCACAGAAGCUGAGGCCGUGCGACCAGCAGAAAACCCUUCCUCUCCCGACCAAGACUCCGUACCUUCGCAUCUCAAUCCCUCACCUGAAGACUAUUCUCGAUUCAUUUUCCAGGAUAAAUGUCGUUCAGUGAUCUAUGCUGGUGCCGGCGGUAACGGAUGUGUUUCGUUUCUCCGAGAGAAAUACAUUGAAGAAGGCCCACCGAAUGGCGGCGAUGGCGGCAGUGGUGGGAGCAUCUACAUCCAGGCCGUUGAGGGGCUUACGAGUUUACAUAAACUUGCUCGCAGGGGCGUCAUAAAGGCUGGUCGAGGAAAGAAUGGACAGGGCAAAAGCAAAGGCGGCAGACGCGGCGAGGAUGUUCUCCUUCAGGUGCCUGUUGGGACAGUGGUCCGUGAAGUGAGCAGAUAUGAUCCAGUUGCUGAGGAAUGGGCACUUCGGAAAAGGCUGAGAGCCCAGGAGCAAACCGAGCAAGUCGACGAAUUAGACGAGAUCGGGCUGCCAUCUAUUCGUCAUGAUCGAUGGGUACUUUAUCCAGGCGCAAAUCCUUCGGAUUUCUUGACCACGGUGUUUCCCAGAAACCCACCUAGGAGACAGCAUAUCGCCGCCUUGGAACCAAAAGCUCCGAUUCAUCUUGAUCUAUCGAAACACAUGGAUAAACCUAUUUUACUCUCCGCCGGGGGUGUCGGUGGCUUGGGGAAUCCGCAUUGGGUGUCCCGUUCGAUUAAUCGGCCCAAGUUUGCCUCUAGAGGUGAAGGUGGUACACGUCUGGAGUUAGAAUUUGAGUUGAAGCUGCUAGCCGAUGUUGGGCUCGUUGGGAAGCCUAACGCUGGAAAAAGUACGCUACUCCGAUCGUUGACCAACAGUCGCACGCGGAUUGGGAACUGGGAAUUCACGACACUGUCACCGAACAUCGGAACGGUCGUUAUUGAUGAUUUCAAAGGACGGCCACUAGUUGAGUCCAAGGGAAAGGCCCCGCGAACUAACUUUACCAUUGCCGAUAUUCCUGGCUUGAUUGAAAAUGCACAUCUCGACCGUGGCUUGGGCCUAGGUUUUCUGCGACAUAUUGAGCGGGCGGGUAUCCUGGCUUUUGUGGUGGAUCUUAGCGCUGGAGACCCCAUCCAAGGCCUUAAAAACCUAUGGUAUGAACUCGGCGAGUAUGAACGGAUACGUGACACAGAGCCAGCGUUCAAAGACGAAGGUGACUCCCUAACAUGGGUUCCACCGACCCAUGGUCUACCUGAGCUUCAGUCCGAAGCUCCUGAGGCGUUCUCUAACUCAGAGCUUCCCGACCUUACUCUUCCCCCUAUUCACACAAAACCUUGGUUCGUCGUGGCUACCAAGGCCGACCUGCCAGAAACUCAAGAGCAGUUCAAGAAAUUACGAGACUAUCUUUCGGCUGUGGAGAAGGCUCAGGUUGAGCACCCCGGAGGCCACCCUGAUGGGUGGAGGGAGAAGAUACAUGCUGUUCCUGUGAGUGCCAUGAGAGGACAAGGUGUUGAGCGCAUUCCAAAACUUGUCAUGGAGUUCUUGCAAUGA